AUGUCUGCUACUACUACUCAUCUUGGAGUUUCAUCCUAUCUCACAACCUCACUUUCUCGUCGCAAUUCAUCGACUUUCACGAAUCAUUCUAGGAUCAUGUCGCUUCAAAAUCCAAAUUCAACGAUUAUACACGGUAAAUUAUCGAUCAAGUCCAUUGCUUUCAAUGAUAAGUUGCCACCCUUACGAACAGAUGACAAGACCAGAAGUUUGGAGCAAGUCAAAAGAAGAAGCCGAGACGCAUUGUUGAACUCGAAUGAUCCUAUUGAGACGAUGAAGAUGAUAGACUCAAUCCAAGGGCUAGGAAUUAGGCACCAUUUGGAAGAUGAGAUCAAUAUACAACUUGAGAGGAUAUGUGAUUGGGAUGCUUCUACAAACCUCUUUGCAACAUCUCUUCAAUUUCGUUUACUUAGGCAUAAUGGUUGGCCUACAUGCCCUGACAUAUUCAGUAUUUUUUUGGAUAAAAAUGGCAAUUUCAAAGACUCACUCACCAAGGACAUUUACGGUAUGUUAAGCCUAUAUGAGGCAUCCUAUUUAGGGACAGAAGAUGAAGAAAUAUUAAACAAAGCCACGGAAUUUUCAAGGAGUCAUCUAAGUAAGUUAAUCCCACACCUUAGUCCUGAAGUUGGUAAAGAUAUUGAUAGAGCUUUAACACUUCCAAAGCACCUAAGAAUGGCAAGGUUAGAAGCUAGAAACUACAUGGAAGAAUAUAGUGAUGCAAGUAACCAAAUACCAGCUUUUUUGGAAUUGGCAAAGUUAGACUCUAACAUGAUUCAAUCUUUACAUCAAAGAGAAUUAGCAGAAAUAUGCAGGUGGUGGGAAGAGUUGGGACUUGUAGACAGACUUGGUUUUGCAAGAGAUAGACCAACAGAGUGUUUCUUAUGGACGGUGGGGGCUUUUCCGGAACCAUGUUAUACAAAUUGUCGUAUCGAACUUUCAAAAUCUAUAUGCAUUUUGGAUGUUAUUGAUGACAUUUUUGACAAUUAUGGUACAUUAGAUGAACUUAUUCUUUUCACAAAUGCAAUCAAAAGGUGGGACCUUGAUUCAAUGGAGCAGCUUCCUGAGUAUAUGAAGAUAUGCUAUAUGGCAUUAUAUAACACCACAAAUGAAAUUUCAUUUAGAAUUCAAAAAGAACACGGCCUAACAGUUGUUUCAUUCUUAAAACGAACAUGGAUGGACAUGUUUGAUGCAUAUUUGGAAGAAGCGAAAUGGUUCAAUAAUGGAUAUGUGCCAAGUUUUAGAACAUAUUUGGAUAAUGGAGCAAUUUCGGUUGGAUCAUGUAUGGGAUUGGUGCAUGCUACUUUCCUCAUUGGUGAUGGUCUCUCAAAGGAAACCAUUUCCAUGAUGAAACCAUAUCCUAGACUCUUCACUUGCACCGGAGAAAUUCUUCGGUUAUGGGAUGACUUAGGAACUUCAACGGUAAAAUAA